AUGGGUUGCUGCCUGUCCAGCACGGCAGUGGAGCCGUCCUCGUCGUCACUCCAUGCCGCCACGUCAGCAUCGCUUCCCCCUCACAAGCACGUCAAGGACCCCAUGCUGACGUCAGCGACCAAGGUGGGCCCGGAAGGUUCCUUGGAAGCUCACUACAAGCUGGUGGGCAACACUCUGGGGUGCGGCCGCGUGGCCUCCGUCAGAACCCUCUUUCCCCCUGCCUUCUCUCCCUUCCCCCCUCCUUUCCGCCAAUCGCCCCGCGCGCACCACCGCCAUCACUGCGUAUCCCUGUAUGUGUGGGGGGAGGGCAGGGAGGCGGUGGAGAGGGCAACGGGCGCGGUGGUGGCGGUGAAGGCAUGUUCCAAGAAGGUUCUCAAUGCACGCCCGGCCUACAUCAGCCGCGUCAGUGCUGCUCUCUCGCCCACUGCGCCCAUCCCACCCAUCACUCCUGCAUCUGCCUAUCUAUGCUUUCUCCUCCUUUCGUUACUGCUCCUCCUCUCCACUACCCUCUCACUCCAUCUACUCCACCCCGAUCACUCCCACCUCGACCCCCGUCCAUUGCCCCCUCUCCCCGUCAUGCUUCUCCCCGUGCUUCCCCCUUCUUCUCAAGCUCCUUUCCCAACCGCAAUGCACGUCCAUUCCAUUCCUCCCUCAUCCUUCCCUCCCACACCUCAUCUCAACACAGCCACUCUCUUUCCUACUGCGCCCAUCUCUCCCUUCCAUGCCCACCUCCUCUCCCCGUGGCAGCUGUGGGCAGCACCAGCACCGGUCGCACCGCCCAUCAUCCGCCUGCUGGCCACGCACGAGGACAGCCGCCACCUGCACAUCGUCACGGACAAGGCCCAGGGCGGCGACCUCUUCAUGGCCCUCGCUGCGCGCUCCUCCUUCACCGAGGCUGAUGCUGCACACAUUGCGCGGCAGCUGCUGCAGGCGGUGGCGCUGUGCCAUGCGCGGGGCGUCACCCACCGCGACCUGGUGAGGCCUGCUGCAUGCUGGCUGGGCAUGGCCAGUAAUCACAUGCAUGCCGCGAUGGGGCGAUUGAGAGGGGGACGAGCGGGGAAGGAGAGUGGUGGGAAGGAGAGUGGUGGGAAGGAGAGUGGUGGGAAGGAGAGUGGUGGGAAGGAGAGUGGUGGGAAGGAGAGUGGUGGGAAGAAGCCGGAGAACAUACUGCUGUCGGAUGCGCACUCGCUCGCCAUCAAGCUCGUUGACUUCGGCAGCGCUGCUCUCUUCCACCCCGCUCCCACCACCACCGCCACCACCACCAGCACCACUAUCAGCAGCAGCAGCAGCACGGGGGAGGCAGCGCCAGGCGCGGGGAGUAAGGCAGAGCAGCGAGAGGGGAGCCCUGAGAGCACAGUGCAGCAUGGCGAGGCUGUGGUGCCGGGCGCAGAGGGCGCGGUGGUGCUGCGGGACUUCAUGGGCACAGCGUUCUACGCCGCACCUGAGGUGUGGCAACAUGCGUACGGCCCCCAGGCGGACGUGUGGAGUGCGGGCGCCGUGGUGGCCGUGCUGCUCACCGGGCCGCCCCCCAGUGGACUCACUCGCGCCACAGUGCACUCCAAUGCCACGUGGCAGGCCAUGCAGCGCCCCACAGCAGCCCACGCGCUGCUCCACCCCUGGCUGGCCGGCGCUGCAGCCGUUACUGCAGAGGGUGCUGCAGAGGGUGGCGCCAUGGCUGUGACAGGGGAUGCUGCAGGGCAGUGGGCGCAGCCCGCUGUGGCGGUGCGUGGGAGCCCUCAGGCCCGGGCCGCCCACCCUCGUGCCGCGCUCCUUGCGGACGCACGGCAGGCAAGUGUGGGGGAGAGAGCAACGGGGGCUGCAGCAGAGGCGCGGGAGGAGGGGACAGGGAAGGCAGGAGAGGAGGAUGGGGAGAGAGGGGAGAGGGAAGGGGAGGUGGCGGCAAGACGGGUGGGGCAAGAGGAAGAGGCGGUGUUACAGAAGGGGCCAGGGCAAGGAGGGGCAACAGGAGAGGGGCGAGUGAGGGGAGGCGUGCAGCUGGAGGGGUCGCUGCGAGGCUUCCGCCUGUACGCAGCUACCAGGAAGCUUCAGCGCGCGUGCGUUGCCCUGCUGUCGCUGGAGCUCAGCGAGUCGGAGUUCCGCCAGCUCGUGCGCCAGCUGGCGAGUGCCACGUCAGCACCAGGCACGUCACUGGAGGCAGUGAGCGAAGCAGGAGACACGGGUGAGGGGCAGAGCGACCACAGAGGUGAGAAGCAGCAGCAGCAGCAGCAUCAGUACCCCCCUUCAGCCAUGCUGUGUCUGCCAGCACUAGUAGCAAGCCUAGACGCCCUGGGGCACCAGCGGUUGUCACUGCAGCUCAUGGCCGUGCACAGCAGUGUCAUGGCUCAGCAGGCCGUGGCGCCGCCGAGUAUGGUGCACGGGCAUGCGAUGACGGGAGUGGAGAGGGAGGAGCGCGUGCGAGGUGGCUGUGGGAUCGCUGCUGCGCUGGAGAAGCAGCGCCAGGAGCAGCAGCAGCAGCAGCAGCAGCAGCAGGAGGGAGCAGCGACCACCCCUCUCGCCCGUCAACCCCCGGCCGUGCCUCCUUCAUCGUCCUCCGCUACCAUCCCUCCCGUGCCUCUGUUUGACCUGCUUGACUUCUCUGCUCUCGUCACGCGCCACCACGACCUGCACCGCUUGCACCAUGAUCCCCACGACCACCACCACCCCCAAUCCGUCGCCCAUGCUGCUGCUGCUGCGCGGGGUGCUGCAGGUAGAGGAGGGAGGAGGGAGGGGAAGGGGAAGGGGAAGAUGGUUAGUCCGGAGAGCGAGAGCAAGGGCGUGGAGGCUGGGAGCAGCCAUCGUGGCUCGCGGCGGUUCUUAGGGCUUAUGAGGGCAGGCCAGGGGGAGAAGGAAGCAGAGAGUGGUGGUAGUGUGCACGGCGGCAGUCUCCACGGGUCAAGGCGGUUCUUGAGUGCCAUGAGGGCGAGGGAGGGCGAGCAGCACGAGGGGGGCGGCAGCCAGCACGGCUCACGGCGCUUCUUUGGCCUCUUGGGGUGCGGCCCCGCUGGCCCUGAGAGGGCCGCUGUCUCCGCGCUCGCCAUUCGCCACCGCUCACAGCGACAACGCUGGUGGCUGGGCGCGACGACUCAACGCCCGUGCCAGUGCGGGCGGUGCCGGGAUGACGUGGCAGUCACCCGUUGGCCUAAGGAAGAGCCCCCUGGCUCAAGGUGUCCCGCCCAGUCAGGUGGGUGGCAGCAGGGACGAGGGGUGGUGGGGAGCGGUGCAAGCAGUGGUGCCGCCACACUGCCUGCUGCUGCUAGUGCUGGGGCGGGUCGUGCGGAUCGUGGUGGGUUACUGGGUGGGGUGGGCAUGUUGAGUUGCCAGCGCGUGCAGUCGUGUGUGGACCUGGCAGCCAUGGGUGGGGAUGAGUCCAGCCCAGCUGCACGCAAGGGCGCUACCAGAGGAUGGGGUAGGGGGAGGGGGAAGGGGGGGUUCGGGGCCCCGUGA